AAAGCAGAGGGGAUGAGGGGGCCCAGAGGGCUGGAGGAGCAGCCCGCCAGCCCGCCUAGCGGGAGCACCUGCCCCUGCUCGCUGCGGCGCCAGGCAGGGCUCCCGCCCAGAGGAUGUGCAGCCGGCCGCCGGGGCCAACACUAAUCGCCGCGGCCAGGAUAAGCUGCCGGCUCCGGCCACCCCUGCCCGCAGCCAGCGCGUGUGCUGCGCGCUCUGGGGACGGCCCCCGCCCGCCGCGGUCCGGGCGAAGAAUAGCUGCUGGAAAGCUGCCCUGCCGUAGCCACUGACGCUAUGGGCAACCGCAUCCGCUGGUCUAGGCUGUAGGAUGGUAGCGCACAGCAAAGUGUCAGCAGAUAAUGCAGUUGCAGCAGACCCAAGAUGUCUACUUGACCCUCCAGCACCAGAUCGUUCACAGGCUCGGGGCUAUCACAGCCCAGGACGGCCCAGCACUGUGCAGGCACAGAGCAACACACACUUCCGAACCUUUCGCUCACAAUCGGAUUUUAGUAGCAUCACUCGAGCAAGCAGCCUGCUGGAUGCCUGUGGCUUCUACUGGGGACCUCUGACUGUCACUGCUGCCCAUGAGAAGCUGAAGUCUGAGCCCGAGGGCACCUUCCUCAUCAGGGACAGCACACAAAAGAAUUGCUUCUUUGCCAUCAGUGUUAAGACUGCGACUGGGCCCACCAGCAUCCGGAUAAAUUUUCAGUCUGGACGCUUCAGCCUGGAUGGCAGCAAAGAGACUUUUGACUGUCUUUUUAAGCUGCUGGAACAUUACCUAAGCUCCCCGAGGAAGGUAUUAGUUACCCCCCUGCGCAAAGUCCGUGUGCAGCCCCUGCAGGAGCUCUGCAGGAAGAGCAUUGUGAAGGCUUUUGGAAGAGAGAACUUAAACCAGAUCCCCCUCAAUCCUGUUCUAAAGGACUAUCUGAAAUCCUUCCCAUUUCAGAUAUAAGUACAGCAUUAACUGAACAGGAAUGUGUGAAAUAUCUAAAGAAAUCCAACUUUCUGGGUUUUUUAACUUGUUUGACAGUGAGCAAACCUAUUUUUGUAGCAAUUUACUGUAUUUUGGGAUGGAACCUGAACACUUGACUUCUUAUGUUUACAAAAACUGUUUGCACAAACCUGGGGUUUUAAAACCCUGGCAUAAUUUUUCUGCCAA